CUUUACCGAUGUGUACACGGUUGUGUUGUCGUGUCUCAGGAGAACAUUUCAUCAGAUGAAGUAACGAUGAGUUCACUUCAGAAUCUGAGAGAGUUGAUCAACGAGCGACUAACUGCUGCUGCUGAAGAAAUAUUCACAGAGUUUGAGAAAACCAUCGUCCAGUACGAGGAAGAGAUCGAUCGUCAGCGCAGACUGCUGGAUAACAUCUGGAAACCACGGACCGAGUUACACACGACAGACCUCCCACAGCAACAUGUGUCUGCAGAGGAGGUUCUGCCUGAGCACCACUGGGGUACCCAGGAGAGGAACUCCAGACUGGACCAGGAGGACCCAGAUUCUCUAGAAAUUAAAGAGGAACCAGAGGACCUCUGCACCAAUCGAGAUCAAGAAAACCAAGAACAUCCUCAUAUUAAAGAGGAGCAAGAGGAACUCUGCACCAGUCUGGACAGACAUCAGGAUGUACCAAAUCAGGAAACACAUAUCUUAAUGCUGGUUCAGUGCAAGUCCAAAUGUGAAGAAUUCUCUGAAGAAAUAUUCAGAGUCUUUGAAAAAACACUCAACCAGUACGAGGAAGAGAUUUGUCAUCAACGCACACUGCUGGAUAACAUCUGGAAACCCAGAAGAACGUUAGACACAACAGACCUCUUACAGCAACAUGUCUGUCAGAAAGAGGGGCAGCUUGAUAACCAGGAGAGAAACUCCAGUCUGGACCAGGGGAACCCAGAGCCUCCACAGAUUAAAGAUGAACAGGAAGAACUCUGCACCAGUCUGGAUGAAGAGCUACUUGUAGUGAAGCUGGAGAAUGACACCUAUACGGUGACUUCUACUUAUGAAGACAGUCAUCACAGUGAACCAGAACCAAACAGUGACCAGCUUCACUUUCACAAUUCACCUGUUGCUGAGAGCAGUGAUCAGGAAGGGAACAAGCAUGUAGACUCAGGAUCAAGUAAAAAUACAAAGCUGAAGCCAAACAGCAGUCACAGUAACAACCUGGACUAUUCUUCCAUGAUCGCGAAUCGAUGUGAUACUGAGGCAGAGAAAAAGUCUGUAAAAUGUGAAUUUUGUGAAAAAGCUUUUAAAGAUAAGUACCAACUGAAGAAACAUCACAGAAUCCACACAGGUGAGAAGCCGUAUGUCUGUCAAAUAUGUGGGGAAAGUUUUGGUUAUAGUAAAUCUCUGAAAGUCCACAUGACAAUUCACACAGGUGAGAAGCCAUAUUCUUGUGAAAUAUGUGGAAAACAUUUUAGUCUAAGUUGUAAUUUGUCACGCCAUAUGAGAACUCACACGGGUGAGAAACCAUAUUCUUGCAAAACUUGUGGUAAAAAUUUGAGUCAAAGUGGUAAUUUGUUGCACCACAUGAGAAUUCAUACGGGUGAGAAGCCGUAUUCUUGUGAAAUAUGUGGGAAAAAUUUCAGUCAGCAUAGUCUUUUGUUGGUCCACAUGACAACUCACACAGGUGAGAAACCGUAUUCUUGUGAAACCUGUGGGAAAAGUUUCAGUCUAAGUUCUAAUUUGUCGCGCCACAUGAGAACUCACACAGGUGAGAAGCCGUAUUCUUGUAAAACUUGUGGGAAAAGUUUCAGUCAAAGUGGUAAUUUGUUUCACCACAUGAGAAUUCACACAGGUGAGAAACCAUAUUCUUGUGAAAUAUGUGAGAAAAGUUUUAGUGAAAGUGGUAAUUUGACUGCCCACAUGAGAACUCACACAGGUGAGAAGCCUUAUUCUUGUGAAACAUGUGGCAAAACUUUCAUUAAACAUGGCCAUUUGUUGCGCCAUAUGAGAACUCACACAGGAGAGACACCAUUCCACUGCCUCACCUGUGGGCAAAAAUUUAAAUAUGGGUCAACACUGAAAAGUCACAUGAGAUCUCACACAGGUGAGACACUGUAGUCCUGAAAUGUUUGUCAAAACAAAGCUUGAUUAAACGCAAAAUUAGAUCUUUAAGAUUUCAGCCUGUGCUGAAACAAUGAUGCUGGGAGUUUAUUGCAUGCCACACUGUGAGAGAUGGAUCUAUUAAAUUCUGGUUUCCAUUUGUGUCAGACUGCACAAUUUAAGGUUGUGAAAUGGAUAUGUGGUGACAGCAGCACAUUGUAUUUGCAAAAGAAAUGCAACUGAAAUUGUCGUACAUACAAGAGAAGACUAAAUACUUAAUUUGAUGUUUGUUAUCAAUCUCUGCUAUACUUGAGAGGAGGUGAUGUUGCUACCUUAUUUAUUGUAUUUAACGUGAGCUUAAACAUCCGUCUAUUUUUCUCUUACUGAAGUAUUUUGGAAAAUGUCCUAUUGGCAUUAGUGAAAAUUAGCUGCAGUCCUGUUCAUCAACUGUUUCAUUAAAAUCGUAUGUAUUUCUGUGGUGAUUAUUUGUAAAUAAAAGACAUAAAAUUA